AUGAAAACUCUCAGCAUUCUUCAACAAACACCUUUACACAUUACAAAAUCAACUCCAUGGCGGCGGAGCAACCCAUUUCUCCACCAGCUCCACUGCAAAAACCCACAAAAUUGGCGGCAGCUGCACGCCGGAGCAAAGGGCUUUGGUGGGGCAUCGUCAUCAUCAACCAAUAUACAAGAGCAGCCAAAAGAUAAACAAAAACCUGGCGGAAAAAGUUUUAGGAAAACCGAAGAAGACAACGAUGACAAAAUACCUGAUGCGGUUUGGGAGAGGAUGAUUUCAAGAAUCUUGUUCUAUGUGGGGGUGCCAUUGAUUAUGGGUUUUGCUUUGCUGCAAGUUUUGGGUGCAUUGAAAGAACAAAAACUAUGGGAUGUGCCAAAUUGGGUGCCAUUUUUGACAAGUUUUGUUACUUUUGGAAGUUCAGCACUUGGAAUUGCUUAUGGGACAUUGUCUACUAGUUGGGAUAUAGAGAAAGAAGGUUCGUUUCUUGGAUUUGAAGAGGCUCAAGAGAAUUGGGAUGAGAUGUGGAAAGAAGAUGAAAAUAAUAUGUAA